GUAAAUGUUUAAGUAUACUAAUUUAAGACGUAUAUGUUUCUUGAACUUUUCAGUCACGUUGGGGGAUAGGCUGUGCUUGCUCUCUAUGCAUUCGGAUGAUUAGGCACCGCGAUUAACCUUGUAUUACUGCGUGUCGUAACUAGCUGUAUCCUAGCUUACAUAGCUUGAUUAUAGCUCACGAAGCGCUUUAUCUAACGUUAUAUGUUGCAUUCAUCUCGCUCUAGCAAUCAUUAUUCUUAUUUGAAUAUUAUUUCUAGAAACGUCUCAUAUAUUUGCCUGAAUAUUAACAGCCAAUUAAAAUAGACAAAAGGAAUUAUAGCUGUUAAGUUCAAUACUUAAGAAAGUCUUUUUAAUAACCAUAGCCACAAAAAUAUAGGGCAAAGGUAAAGAAAGAUUAUAGACACUGUUGCGCCCGCUCUGUGGUUGGCAACAUCACUGGGAAUAUUUUUGCAGGCACGAUAGUUUGUUUUAUUGCAAAAGCACAUAAGGAUAUAUAGUACAAGGUCAUCCAUGUUUUUUAAUCUGCUCAACAAUACGAGAGGAUCAUACUUUUACAUGUAGCACCAACUUCACAAUCACGACGGUUAGACACGAUAACCCUAUAUUUAUUACGUUAUUACGUCUAUCGAUUAUCACUUGCAUCACUUUUUGUGUUGGAAUAGGGAAUUGUCACACUGAAUUCGGUGUAUGCAAAGUAGUGAGUAUAAGCACUCCUAAAGAACACUAGUGACACCAAAUCUCACCUAUGUCAUACUCAGAGAGUUAUAGGCCGUAUGGUGGGCCAGAUACCCACGGGGAUGAUCCUAGCAAAUUGUUUAACGAAAGUGAUUACGAAGCAUACAAGAUAUUUGCUGGUGGCCUGAAUCGUAGCACCACAGCAGAAACGCUUCGUAAUUAUUUUAGCAAAUAUGGCACGGUUGUACAUUCAGAAAUCGUUGCUGAUAAAACAACGGGGCGUUCCCGUGGUUUCGGCUUUGUGACAUUUAGUAACGAUGCCGCACUAAAGGCAGUACUGGCUGUAAGCCAUAAGAUUGAUAAUGUUCUGGCUGAUGUUAAACAGGCCAUUAAGAAAGAACGUGCUAGAGACUUACUUCCAACUAGAGAGGAAGUAAAUAGAAUUUUUGUUGGUGGCAUAGCAGACAAUAUAAGUGAGGAUGAAUUUAAGGAUUACUUCGGGAAGUAUGGAUCUGUGCUGAAUUAUAAUUUCAUUGUUGACAAAUCUACAAACAAACCUCGUGGCUUUGGCUUCGUUGUAUACGAGGAUCCAGCGGAUGUCGAUAAGGCUAUUGGGCAUCAUACAAAGCUCGGCCGUAAUUGUGAAGCCAAAAGGGCCCAACCACGUCCAUCGUCUGGCAAAAAUAUGCAACCUUCUAAUCGCGACAACUUUGAUUAUGCUGCCUACUACUAUGCUCAAGCAAAUAUGAUGUACAACCCAUAUUUCGCACAAAUGUUCGCAAAUGGUCAAGUUCCAUUUUUCAAUUCGAUGUACCCCUACAAUUGGCAAAAUGAUGAAGCUGGAGCUGAUGAUGGUCAGCCUAGCCAUAUGCCUGGUGAAGAUGAAUCUCGUACUGGUAGAGACAAAAGAUACCAAAAACCGUCUGAUCACUAUUCCACUGGUCCAGCCCGUGGUGGGCAACGUAAAUUAUCACGUGCCGAACCUUACUAGGCUAUAGCCAUAAACGAUCGCACAUGUUGUUUCUAGUGAAGUGCUUUAACUAUCGCUUUACAUUAAAAUAGAAUCCAUCACCGUGAAUGAACUUCCAGUGACCCAACUUCUCAGUUAAUGAAUUCAAAUGAUAA